GCCUGGAAUCUUGGAUAUAAGGACUCUUUUGUCUGCAACUUCUUCACACUCUCUAGUCCCUCUUCUAAAACUUCAUCUCCCCUGCUCCAGAGAACGGAGAGGCGACAGCUUUCAUACAGUUAAAUAGCUAGGGACACUGUUUUUGUGUGCCAAGAGAGAGAGAGAAGUAAAGAAGAGAAGAUGAUUUGGAGCUCAAGAAGUUGCAAAAGGGUCUUUGUUUUUGUGGUUCUUUUAGCAUCCUCAGCUGCUGUUGCACUGAUUGAAGAUGGUUCACUGAUCAACGGUGAUUUUGAGACCCCUCCACCAGGAGGCUUCUCCCCAGACGCACAAUUCCCAGAUGGGCCCGCCACAAUCCCUAGCUGGAAAUCAAACGGCACCGUAGAAUUAGUCGAAUCGGGUCAAAAACAAGGUGGGAUGAUCCUGAUCGUACCUCAGGGUACACAUGCAGUGAGGCUCGGAAACGACGCCGAAAUUAGUCAAGAAGUCAAAGUAGAAAAGGGUUCCAUCUAUUCGGUCACGUUUAGCGCUGCUCGCACGUGCGCUCAGCUAGAGUCACUGAACGUGUCUGUUCCGCCUGCGUCACAGACAAUUGAUUUGCAGACUUUGUACAGUGUUCAUGGCUGGGAUUCUUAUGCGUGGGCCUUUCAGGCAGACGUGGAUGACGUACGCGUUGUGUUUAAAAAUCCUGGCAUGGAGGAUGACCCCACUUGUGGGCCCAUCAUUGAUGAUAUUGCCAUCAAGAAGCUUUUCGUACCAGAUAAAUCCAAAGAUAAUGCAGUACUUAAUGGUGAUUUUGAGGAAGGCCCUUGGAUGUUCAGGAAUGCUUCACUCGGUGUCUUGCUCCCAACUAAUCUGGAUGAAGAAACAUCCUCAUUACCUGGUUGGAUAGUGGAAUCCAACAGAGCAGUGCGGUACAUCGAUUCUUACCAUUUCACAGUCCCAGAAGGCAAACGAGCUAUCGAAUUGCUCUCUGGAAAGGAAGGCAUAAUCUCCCAGAUGGUGCAGACGAAGCCAAACCAACGUUACAGAUUAACAUUUUCGUUAGGCCAUGCUGGGGAUUCAUGUAAGCAACCUUUAGCUGUAAUGGCCUUUGCUGGUGAUCAAGCUCAGAAUAUUCAUUACACUCCAGAUUCGAAUUCGACAUUCCAGUCAGCGAAUCUGAACUUCACAGCAAAAGCUGAGAGGACUCGCGUCGCAUUUUACAGCAUCUAUUACAACACAAGAACUGAUGACAUGAGCUCUUUGUGUGGACCAGUGGUGGAUGAUGUUAGGGUGGAAAAGUCGGGAUCUCGCGACAUCAAGCUUCAAGGGUUCAGAUUAACAAUGUGCUUGUUUCUUCAUUUCUUUCUUUUGCUUUUGGUUUAGAUUAUGGUGAUCGUCUAGCUACGGUAUCUGUUUGAAUGUUGGUAAACUACAUUCUCUAAUCUAUAUAUGUUUCAUGUGAUUUUCUGGUUUUGCAAUGAGAAAUGGGAAGGGGCUCAUUUCGUUGAUCUA